AUGCCUCCCGAAUCAACCUCCAAAGCAAUCCCCAACCCCCGUCGCCUCCUCAUCCUCACCCCAACCACCCACUCGCAAUCCAUCAUCCCUCCCCUCCUCCACACCUUAACAGGAACUCCAGUCACCACGCCCCCAACAACAACCACUACCUCGACACCAACCCCUCCUCUCUCCUCCUCCGAAACCCUCGUCCCAUCCAUCGCUACCACCACAACAACAACCACCUUCGCCGGCUACACCACCCACCCCCCUCUCCACCUCCGCAACAAAUACUACACAGCCGAUAUCCCAAUCUGGGUUGACGAGAUCCCUCUUUCCGCCCAAGAACCCAGCAUCACUACCGAAACCGGGGGAAAUACAACGCUAUCUCCCACACAAUGGAAAACUGAAUUCUCCUCGCCAGAAGCACAAGUCGUUCGGGAUGCGAUCGGGGCUGUGAUGAUUUGUUUACGGAAUCCGGUCUACACUCCUCCUCCUCCGCGUCAUCCGGGCACAGAUCAGGAUGUGGAAGAAGACGUGGAGGAUCGGCCCGAUGUACGUAGUCUCAAGGACUUCGUUAAGGCUGUGGGCGAGGUUCGGGCACUGAUUGAGGAGGAGAGGGGUGGGAUGGGGGAGGUGCCGGGGUUGGUUGUUUUGGUGGGGGAGGAAUCAGCGGCAUCAGGGGCAGCUGCUGGGGGGAGUCCAAAGGAGGAGGAGGAGGAGGGUAUGGAAGGCCUGGAAUUGGAUGAGCCGUUUUCGGUGGGGUGGUGGGAGGAUCAGGUUUGUGAGAUGGGGUUGAUGGGGAUGGAGGUUGUUGAGUGGGAUAAGAGUGCGAAGGGGGACGGGGAGGGGAGGAAUCGGUAUGGGGAAUUACAGGGCAUGCGCCGGAUUAAAGAGGUGUUGGAGACGCAUGAUUGGGCUACAACGGAGCCCGAGCUGUUGGAUGAUGGAUUUGGGGAUGAGUUGGAGCGGGAGUUGUUGGGGUUGGAUGAUGAUGAUACCGUGAAUGGGUUCGAUGUGGAGGUUGAUGAGCUACAGCGCGAGAUGGUCGGGUUGCGAAUGGCCAUUGAGCGGGGAGGUGAUGACUUUGAUGGGGAUGAGGAUGAGGAUGACGAGCUGCGGGUGGAUGCCGUCGAGGCAUUACUGCUCCGGAUGCGAGCAAUCAAGGAUAUGAGUGCCGAAUUGCCCGAGACGGAGCGGAAGCGGUUUGCAGCCAAAGCUGUGCGAGAUAUUAUGAAGGAAUUAUAA